CUCUCGGGCUGCAGGUGGGGCUGUGCUGCCGCGCUGCCUCCAGGAAGCCUCACGGGCCUUCGUCUGCCGGGCCGCGGCGCCGGCUCCCAGGAUGCAGUGUGGACCGGCCAGGCGCUGACGGCGGCGGCGCGACUGCGGGCGGAGCGGCGGCAGACCGGCCACCCAGGAGCGCGGCGGGGAAGGCAGGGCCGGGCCGGGGCCGCCUGCGGAGAGGACCGAGCGGCCAGGCCUGCGUGGGGCCGCGCGCGGCGGCGGCGGCGACUUCCUCCGGGCCGGGCCGGGCCGGACAGCUCAGGGCCAUGGCUGAGGCGGCCGCGGCUCCGAUUUCACCGUGGACAAUGGCAGCUACAAUUCAGGCCAUGGAAAGGAAGAUUGAAUCGCAGGCUGCCCGCUUGCUUUCCCUAGAAGGUCGAACUGGGAUGGCUGAAAAGAAGCUAGCCGACUGUGAGAAGACGGCUGUGGAAUUUGGCAACCAGCUGGAGGGCAAGUGGGCCGUGCUGGGGACCCUGCUGCAGGAGUAUGGGCUGCUGCAGAGGCGGCUGGAGAACGUGGAGAACCUGCUGCGCAACAGGAACUUCUGGAUCCUGCGGCUGCCCCCAGGCAACAAGGGAGAGGCCCCCAAGGUGCCCGUGACCUUUGAUGACGUGGCCGUGUAUUUCUCCGAGCAGGAGUGGGGCAAGCUGGAGGAUUGGCAGAAGGAGCUCUACAAGCAUGUGAUGAGGGGCAACUACGAGACGCUGGUCUCCCUGGACUAUGCCAUCUCUAAGCCCGAGGUCCUCUCCCAGAUUGAACAAGGCAAGGAGCCAUGCAGCUGGCGUCGCACUGGCCCCAAGAUCCCAGAUGUUCCUGUGGACCCAAGUCCAGGCUCGGGGGCCCCGGUCCCUGCCCCUGACCUCUUAAUGCAGAUCAAGCAGGAAAAUGAGCUCCAGCUCCAGGAGCAACAGGCUCUGGGUGUGGAGGCAUGGGCAGCUGGGCAGCCAGAUAUUGGGGAAGAGCCCUGGGGCCUCAGCCAGCUGGACUCUGGAGCAGGAGACAUCUCUACAGACACAACCUCUGGUGUCCAUUCCAGCUUUUCAACCACCAUCCCGCCCACCUCUUGGCAGGCAGAUCUCCCUCCCCACCACCCUUCUUCAGCAUGCUCAGAUGGGACCCUGAAGCUCAACACCGCAGCCUCCACAGAAGCAGAUGUAAAAAUUGUGAUAAAAACAGAAGUCCAGGAAGAAGAGGUAGUGGCCACACCCGUGCAUUCUACUGACCUAGAGACUCACGGGACCUUGUUUGGACCAGGCCAAGCCACAAGGUUUUUCCCUAGUCCUGGCCAGGAAGGCGCCUGGGAGAGCCAGGGCAGUUCCUUCCCCAGCCAGGACCCUGUGCUGGGGCUGCGGGAGCCUGCCCGGCCUGAGAGAGACAUGGGUGAGCUCAGCCCUGCCAUGGCCCAGGAGGAGACCCCUCCUGGGGAAUGGCUCUUCGGUGGGGUCCGGUGGGGCUGGAAUUUUCGUUGUAAACCGCCAGUGGGCCUGAACCCAAGGACUGGGCCUGAGGGGCUUCCCUACACCUCCCCAGACAAUGGCGAGGCUGUCCUGGACCCCAGCCAGGCCGCCAGGCCCUUCAACGAUCCCUGUAAAUACCCUGGCCGGACAAAAGGCUUUGGCCACAAGCCCGGGCUGAAGAAGCACCCGGCGGCGCCCCCCGGGGGCCGGCCCUUCACCUGCGCCACCUGCGGGAAGAGCUUCCAGCUGCAGGUCAGCUUGAGCGCUCACCAGCGUAGCUGCGGGCUGCCCGAUGGGGCAGCGGCAGCGGGCUCCGGGACAGGGGCGGCGGCGGCGGGGACAGCGGGCAGCGCGCGGGACAGUAGCGCCCUGCGGUGUGGAGAGUGUGGCCGCUGCUUCACGCGCCCGGCGCACCUCAUCCGCCACCGUAUGCUGCACACGGGCGAGAGGCCUUUCCCCUGUACCGAGUGUGAGAAGCGCUUCACCGAACGCUCCAAGCUCAUCGACCACUACCGAACGCACACAGGCGUGCGGCCCUUCACCUGCACCGUGUGCGGCAAGAGCUUCAUCCGCAAGGACCACCUCCGCAAGCACCAGCGCAACCACACAGCGGGGGCCAAGACGCCGGCUCGUGGCCAGCCGCUGCCGCCGCUGCCCACCGGACCUCCGGACCCGUUCAAGAGCCCUGCCCCCAAAGGACCCUUGGCCUCCACAGACCUAGUGACCGACUGGACUUGUGGUCUCAAUCCCCUGGGACCUGCCGAUGGCGGGGACCUGUGAGCGCCCCCAGCCCCAGAGCCCCUGCCGGCCUCAUCUGUAAAAAGCCCCGUUGGUCCAUGGACAGCUAGGUGGCCUUUCGAGCUCAGAGAUGGAAAUGGAGACUAGGGAGCCGACUUUCCACAUUGCUGAACUGAUCACUGGGAAAAGAGAAACUACCAAACAAUGCAGCUUCCACCUCUAAAUGAAAUAGAAUUCUCUGAUUGUGAAAUCUGAGCAGCGUAGAAUUUUAAGUAAUUUAAUUGCAAACCUGUUCUUGUUUUUAUUAUUUUUUUUAAUUCUUGAGGAAAAUGCUGGAAAAUAGUAGUAGUGUCAGUUUAAAUUUUGUAGCGCACUUUUGGUUUUCAGGGCGUGCGUUUGCGUUGCUGUGUCUCACCAAGUCUGAUCGUGAGUGUGUUGGAAGGUUGGCCACUGGGGCGCGCCCCCGGCCCCGCUGACUCCUGGGGAUGGGGUCUUGCGGACCACACAGUCUGGUGAAAGUCGAGACUCUGCGAGGUUCAGGCAGGAUAAUCCCAGCCUGGAAUGCUAAGCCCCUGGGCAGUGAGGGCCGCGUGUGCCAUGGAGCCCACCCACUUCAGAGCAGCUGGGAAGAUGGUCCAGGAGCAGUGCUUACAUUCCCCAACUCACCUCCAUCAGAAAAGGCCCUCCUCAACGUGCUGGCCCCAUCCUUUCCCUACCUCCGCCAUAGCCGUGUAACUCCUGGGCCUGGGGAGGGAGGGCUCUGGAAAAGCUCUGGAGGGGUGAAGAACCCGAGGUUCAGGGAGUGGAACCCCAACACACACACACACACACCAUCUAAUUCCCUGCAGAACUCAGAGCACAGCCCAGCCUUCCUGCCCCCACCAGGGGCUGCUGCGGCUCCCAGCAGAGGCCUCUGUUUCCUGUCCCCUCUGUGCAGUGUUUUCUCAUUUUCAAAAUGCUUCCAUCUGUCAUCUCGUCAUUAUUGUGACUUUGGGAAGCACCAGGUCAGGGAUUUCUUCUGAGAAAUGAAGUAAACCACUGCAACGGGAUAAAUCUCAGCUUCUACCGUGGCUACAUAGUGAUGUGCCAAGAGUUGGGAAGAGCCUAGGUGAGACACAGCUCAUUCUCCUGGAACGUCUGUUGGGGGAGGUUUCCAUUUCUGCCCUUUUAAAAGAUCUGUCCCACAACAAUCAAAGGCAAAUCAUCAGGCCUCAAAGGAACUUCUGCUUGUAGCAGCUGCUUCUGAGUACCAGGGCUCAGCCGCCCUUGGGCGUCCUAGAAAGCACAGCUUCAGAGGCUAUAUGACGGACAGUGA